AUGUCAAAUCUGUAUUCCAGUUAUGGACAAGGUGUUUGUACUUGGAGCCAAAGGCUAAUACCAAAGAAUUCAACUGGCAACAUUGCUUUCGACUUGCCGGUGUUGGAAAGUUAUUGGGUGCGUUUACAGUUUGUAAUAAAUGUUGCGUCUUGCGUUUAAUUAACAUUUAACUCCGUUAACCAUUACGUCGAUACUUCAAUUGAACCUCCUCGUACGGUCUUUUAAAGAGAGGAUAUCUUGGAAAUGAAACCUUCUGGACAUACCCUUGGGCAAGGGGUUGGUGUUCGUACAAGCAAGGCUACUUUCGGUGUCCUUACAUUACACGUAUGAAGCCCCUAUGUUUUUAACACCUAUGAUUCAGCUGUCUACUGUUGUAGUGUAAACACUAGAUGGCAUAUUUUGUUUCAACGUUUUUGAAUUGUUAUUCCUGUUACCAGUUUGCUCCAAUAAGUAAAUCCUACUGGAAAUAUUUACCUAUUUGACACGUUGAGUAGCGUGUGGCCCCCAAUUAGGAACGUUUAUUUUAAAAGCGUCCCAGAAGUGACAAACUGACUUUUACAGAUUUGCUUGCGUUACUUUUUGCUUAAGGUGACGAUCGUUUGGCAACGCAGCUGAUGUUUCCUGACGCAGAGAAUAUCUCUUACAUUAUGCUAAGAGACACAUUUCCAAUUACGAUUCACAAAGCAGAGGAUGAAACCAUACGUAGGUUCCUUCUUUCGUGUAGAUGGCGUAAAUUUUGGUAGAGCAAAGAUGCCCGUAUCUUUUGCAUUCAUUACUUCAAUAGCCAUAUAAAUGUACAGACCUGAAGAGAAUUUAUCGAAAGCAAACGGAUGCUUGCCAAAUAGCCUUUUGAAUUUUACAGUGAGAAUUUUCGCAACUCUAAAGAUGAAAGAGUUUGCUAAACCUUUAAAUGACGUUUUUAUUUUCAGCUGGCUUCUAUAUAGAAGAAGGCACUAAGUUAAACCUCUGUCCACAAACUGGGACCGUCCAGUUGUUCUGGACAUUCAAUGGCAAUGAAUCGGACUUGCAAGAUGUACGACACAACUUAAAUCACCUCUGCCAAAGAGAAUUUAAGAAUUGUUGAACAGAUUUAACCGCCCACUCUCUCUAUUUAAAGAUAAGCUGCUAUACUAACGAAAGACUGCUUUGCUCUGGAUUACAAACCGCCACAUCGGCCAACGAUGACAAUUGCAGUAAGUGAAUUCUUUGCAGAUUUUCGCGGCCGCCUAGAAGUAAUAAUUAUUCGACUUGCAAUAAAAAACAUUUUCCCUCAAUUUGUUUUGCAUUGUGGGCGAAAAGGGCAUUCUUUAUCUUAAAAAAUUAAUUAAGUCUUGCUGUGAGGUUUGGCUAAUAACAAGUCCAAAUUAAUUCGAAAUAAUCGAGGAAUUAUCCGUUACAUCUCCCGGCAGACUGCGCUUCAAGUUUUAACUGCUUUGCGAAUUUUUCUUUGCGGUACUUAACAAACGACGACUCCAAACAUAAGUCCCACUCUCCUCGACUGUCUCCAUUUCUGCUUUUAAAUAGCCGUUAUUAAAAUCAGCUAGUUAACAAUUAGCUGCUUUAAACUGUCUAGAAUUUCACAUGCGGAAUGGUCGUGUGACUGUUGGAUAUCAAGUCUACAAAGAGGUUGCAGUUUGGACACUCUACUACUGUCAUGCAAACAAGGAACAGACUAUAACACUGACCUACAUUGUAGACUGGGAAGGUGAGUUUGGUAUCUACGUGAUAUCUUUAUCAGAUUAUGAACGAGUCACCCCAAUAAUUCAAAUGUUUUCGCUUCUCGAUAGACAUAUCCCUCAGAAAACGAGCACUUUUUGCUACCACAUAGAGUGACCUCGGUUAGUCAAACAAGAGAGUGGAGUUUAGUCUUCCAGGGUAUUCUUUCAUUUUACCUUCCGUAGGAGAUUUAAUGAAACGGAUUGCAAAUUUUGGAAGGGCAUAAAUCACAAAGUACGAAAAAAUCGACCAAGGCUUUCUGAGCAUUACGGAGAUUUUAAAAUUCCCAUGAUUGUUUUCAGAAGACAAGUGGGGAGCAUAGGUUUGCUUUUGACACAUUCUCAUCAGACACGUACAUACCAAUGGAAUAGUCAAGUAAAAUAUUUCAACGAUUAACGAAAUGAAUUGCAUUUCGUCCAAAAACACGGGCAGAGUUUUAGAAAAGUGGGAUGUAAAUACAGUCGUGCUAGGGGCGAUUUGGGAGCGGGAGCGCGCGAACAUUUGCACGAAGUUAUUCAACUUUUGAUCACGGCAAGUAACGACGCGCUACUCUUAGCUACUGGGCCAGCGUCUAUUAGCAACAACAGAACCGGCCGCUACCAGGUUACAAGAGCCGGUUUUGUGCUCGCAAAAGAACUUCCUUUAGAGUUCACGCUAUUCAUGGUGAAAAGUCGAAUAAAUACAUGCGUCUUUCUACCACUUUCACUCCCUCUCUGUCCCUGGCAUGAUCUUUUUACUCCUCUCUCCCAUAUUCUCUCACUUCGCCUGUGUUUUAAGACAAACUGAGAUGGAUUUUACUGAUCCGUGACAUGUUUUGCUUGACACAGCUCCCAUUUAAUUGUACGGAUCUGACGAUAAUUUAUCAAAAACGAGCGUAUGCCUAUCAACCAGUUUCUCGAGUUUACUGACCGGUUGCCUUAAAUAACUUUGUCCUGUAAUCCUAUUUCUAAAUUAAAAGCAGUUUCAUGCAUGCCAACAUCGAAGACAGACUACAGGCGUGUGUGCCAUUAGCAGACGUCAGCUGGUUUGUAGUUUAAAACUAUAUCCUGCGUCGAUUACUAUGCAUUUUUCAGGACGCGAUCCCACGUUUUGACCCAUGCUCAAAAGGAAUGAUUUGACUGUAAACUUUCGCCACUGAAAACGAAUGCGGAUCCAUUAUUAGAUAAUCCAAAAGAUGUUUCAUUUUUAAAGUUUAGGACUGGCAUAACUAUAACUUCGGCAUGUUAAUUGUUAUAUUAUACACUUAUUCAUAUAAUCGUGGAUUUGUCCCGAGUGAAGAAACGUUUCGCUGUUUGUUCGAACUACAAACUGAUUUUUCCGUUUCAGCCGCCUCUAAUCAAUCUAUCAGUGUAACCGGCCCUGUGCUGAUGGCACCCAGUAUAGUUACUUCGGGAACGAAAAGAGUAAUGGGUAUGGCUGCAACAAGGCCAAUACUUUUCACAUAAUAUAUUUUAAGGCACCCACUUUGUUUGAGAAAAUCAAAAUGCAUCUCUUCUCAGAUCUGAUGACUAUUCAUAGUAUUUUGCAGUUUUGUGGAAUGUUAACAAGCAAAAUCAGUUAUUUAAGUGUAGACUGGUCAAAUUGCUAAGUUUUACUUGCGUCAUAAAUGAGCGAUAUUCUAUGUACAUGAGCGUAAUAAUAAUUUUUAAAUUUAUUCUUGACUGCUCGUUCCUUUGGAGUACUUUUCUUGAAUUUAGGUAGCCUUUGGAUGUUCGUGGCAUCAUGGGUUUGCAUUUCGUGGUAA